CAAUUUAUCUUCAUCCGGAAACAGAAUAUUUGACUUGACUUGACUUAACAAUAGCUAAGUUCUUCAGGUCGUUCAACUCUGAUCACUUAACCACCAUGACCAGAGCUUAGGUCAAAUUCUUUCAUUACCAGUGUUUUCAUUUAGGUCUCAACCUUUCCCUGCCAAUACAACAGUUGCCCAUGCUUCCUAAACCCAUAGGAACAAUAUGUGUUGUUCUAUAUAUUCGCGCAAGCAUUACUUAUCAAAAGCACUCCCUAACAUAAUCGGAGGAUACUACUGCUAAUUUUCUCUUACUCGUAUCAUAGAAGCUAUUUUUCCAUAUUGACCUUAAUGAUAAUAAACUGUCAAAAGUGUUAUGUCCUAAUCAUUGCAUUAUCAAUGGUCAGCAGUCAUGGACAAGUGAGGACUACCUUCCGAUACCUUCAAGGGCGAUUAUGGGAACUUAGGUAGAUUAAAGAUAAAAAGGUGAAGACUUUAUGUGUCUUCUUACUGCUAAUGUAAAUAAACGAGAGAUAACAUGUUGACUAUAUGAGCAUUUAUCAUUUCAAAAUUUCACAAAAACUACUGUACUUGUUUAAACUAAAUCUUCCAAAUUAUGCCAGAUAAGAGUUUCUUUAAAUUGCACAACAACUAGAAACUAGGCUGCAUGGAUAUAAAAGGCGAUUUAGUUGACCGAAUUACAAAUUUAUAAUGUUUUGAAAAGUCAAAACCUGGGAUAAAGGCGAACUAUUUGGUGACAAUGGUUGUUUUAAACGAUUACAACGAACACUUAGGAGGAGCACAAAGCGAUGUUGAAGAAACCAAAGACAUGGACGUUCAUAUAUCUGAUAGACACUUCCAAGGAAAUACGAAAUUCCAUGAAAAGGAUAAUCUAAAAUUAUUGAAGCAAGUUGCAGCUUAUAAUGAAUCUUGCAUAAAAAAUGUGAAAGCAUGUGAAAAAAUAAACAAUGAUGUCGAAACUAUAAAAAAUACGGACAAAGAAAUAGUUAGCGGACAUGUUGAGAAAGGCGAUUUACAUGAAGCGCACUUUAGUAGUAAAACUCAAAUUGAUGAAUCAGAACAAUUAUUGAAAGAAAACGAAAUUCGUUCUAAUACAAGAGGCAAACAAAAGACUAGUGACUUUCGCAACUCUCCUGAAAAUGAAGAUGAAAACGUCAAUGAUUUAGAAACAAAAGAUGACGACAGUGUACCGAUAGAUAGAGGAUGGGCAUGGAUCAUACUUUUAGCUUCCGUGUUUACCCAUUUCAUCGUUAUCGGACAGCUAAAGUGCUUCGGAAUAGUGUUUGUACAGCUUCAGAAACGAUAUGGUUCGUCGUCCUCGGCUACUUCAGUCAUCUAUACAUUAAUGAAUGCAACGUACAGCGUUUCAGCACUGAUUAUCAUGACAAUAGGAGGUUCGCUGUCAGCACGUUCUUCUCUCUUUAUCGGUGCAAUAAUUGCUUCAAUAGCUUCUAUGAUAACAGCUUUCAUAGAUGACGUCGACAUCGCCAUGGUGACCAUUGGCGUAGCAUCUGGUGUUUCAAAUGCAUUCAUUAUGACAAUGAUAGCAACAAUUAUCAACGAAUAUUUUGUCAACAAGAGAGGUUUCGCAAACAACAUCGGUAACGCUGGAGUUAGCCUAGGAACAAUUGUAUUAGCUCCGAUAGUGACGAAACUUUUCGAAAAUUAUUCAUAUACAGGAACAUAUAUAAUUAUCACAGGCCUAAAUCUUCAAAUUUUUGUAAUCGCAUGCUUGCUUAGACCUAUGAGUUUUUAUAGAAAGCUCUUUUCAUCUCGCAAUACUUGCGUCAAAGGAAAUGGCUUAGACGAAACUGAUGAUGUUGAUAAAAAUCCUGGUAACGGCACCAUUACAUACAAAAUUAUUCCGUCUAACGCUUUACUAAUGAGGAACAUCGAAAAAAGGCAUGAGAGAAAUGGAAGCCAAAUCCUUAAUAGACAAAUAAGCGAAAAUAUGAAUAGCUUAAGGCCACCUUAUUCAAGACGUAGAAGAGCAAUUAGUGAAAGCGAAAAGGGUAGUACUUUUGAAAAGAUGACCGGUGAACAUUCAUCUAUGCAUUCUCUGUUUAAUUCAACUAUCGCUGGAUUCGCUAGUACCGAUGUUAUGAAUAACUCUUUAAUGAACCUGACUUUAAUUGAAGAUAGAGCGAAACAAAACCUCAGACAAGAGGAUAAAGAAGAAGUUCAAGAUGAAAGUAAAACAUGCGCACAGAAAAUAAGAUCAACUUUUGUAAAUUCAUUGAAGAAGUUGUUUAACACGAAACUUUUGUCAAAGCCAGAAUUUCUUUAUUUUCUCGCCUGUAAUGCGUUUCUCUGUGCUGGAUGUGCACUCGUAACUGCUUUCCUAGCACCUCUUGCAUUUGAAAACGGUAUUAGUAACGACAUGGUUGCACUUAUGGUCAGUAUCAUAAGCUUUAUUGAACUCGGCUCCAGAUUUGUGGUAGGAUAUAUAUCAGAUAAAAAGUGGUGCCACAGAUCAACACUGAUUGCCAUUGCUUGCUUUAUUCUCGGCGUUGCCGCACAGUUCUUGCAUUUUACGACCACGUUUUCAACUAUUAUGAUAUAUGCUGUGAUAUCAGGGCUGCUACAGGGAGUCUACUUCGCACUUUUUGUCGUAGUGAUUCUAGACAUACUGUCCUUCGAAGAGUUUAAGGGAGCCCUCGGAUUUACAAGUCUUGUGCAGGGCACCGCUUCCGGCAUAUGUAUGCCUAUUGUGGGUUACCUCAGAGAUUCUACAGGGAAGUAUACGUACCCGUACAAUUUUAUCGGGACCCUUCUCAUUGUUGGAGCUGUUCUCAUCUUUUUCAUUCCAAAUGUUCACGAAUGGAGCCUCAAAAGGCAGAAAAAUAAAGCUGAUGUUUAACAAUGAUAACGCGUGUAUCUUGCUUGUCGCAGCAGAAAGUGCUUAGUAAUUAAAAUGGAACUGAUAAACAGGCAAACAGCCUAAGUGUUGCGUUAGAAGAGUUUUAAACUUUAAAGGAUUUUAACAUGUAAAGGGAUACUUAUGGUUAUUUCUCCGUAUCUUUCGGAAUAUCGGAUAACUUGAUGUUUAAAUUUGUUGAAUAGACCAAAAAGCUACCACACCAAGUUUGAUAUUUGCUAUAUAACUGUUUCCUUGGUGCCUAUGCUUUAAAUAAGCAAUGGCACAGAAAAUAUUGACUUUAAUUAAAACUUUAUGAUUUAUAGAAUUAUACAGAUUUUUGUUCAGUUUUGUCCCUGAAACAGGAAAUAUCUUUAACAGGUUGGAGUGAAGCGGUAAAGUAUGAAAUACUAUCAUCUGUAAUGGCGGCUUAUAACAUUCGCGAUAUAUACAUUUACAUCAAUUAUUAUAAUUAACAAUUUACGUUGAAUUGUUUUAUUCCAUGAUGGACCAAUGUAUUUGUAGUUCAUUCAUCUUUACAAAAGAUAGUAACAAUAGAGAAGAACAGUAUGGAUAAAUGUUUUCAUUCUACUUUUCGUAAUAAUGAAAAUACUUAAAUGUUGUUGAAAGUCUAUAGGGAUUGACUCUUUUUAUUGGGUGGAUAUUUGGGGCAUUUAAGUAUGUAACCUGUCCAUACGUCUGUCCGAGCCAACAUUUAGGGAAUAAGAUCUAUCUAAUGGUACAGAGAACAAAACAAAAAAAAUUAUAGGUUUAUUUCGUGGACAAAAGAAAGUUUACAAAAGAAAAUAAUAAAAGAAAUACCCCAUACACCUAAAAUGUUGAAAAGUCCGAGUUUACUUGAGUGCACGUACAAACAAUAGUAUAGUCUAUUCAAUCAGUACUACUAGUAGUUCCUACAUAUUCGAAUUUUUUUCAUGGUUGAUAAAAAGGAUAGAGAAAACAAGAGAUACCUGUUAACCUUAUAGCCGGGGAGCCAAGGCAUAAAAAAAUGGAUUUACAUGUCCGGUCAUGCUAUAGUCUUUUUCUAUACAUAUUAUGAAUAAAAAAAUCGGGCCUGCAAAACAAAAGCAAUUGCGAAAUUUGAGAAUAUUAAGGGGAGAUAACUCUGUACAUUUGCAGUUUUUUUAAGAUUCAAAACGCUUUUUUACUAACAAAACAUGACAUCACGUUUCUAAAAUCAGUUCAAAUAUGUAUAUUUCAACAUUGGUUUUACGCAUAAGGCUUAUGGUUGAAACAUAUGCAAAAUGUGCUCAUUUUUUGUACAUUUUAUUAUAAAAUUUGACACUUAAAAUACCAGAGAAUAAAAUAAAAAUAUUUAACGUAAAAAUUACAGUAUGAAGAAAAAUCCUUUUAAAUGGUCUUAUUUCUCAAAGUCAUUUAUUAAUACUGUGGCGAAAUAAUCCGUAUGAAAAGAAAUUAAUCUAGAUACUCUACCCACCUAAAACUAUGCAUAAAAUGUGAUUGAUCGAUCCAUACAGUUUGCGACAAUUAAGAAAGUAUAAAUGCUUGCUUCCGUGUUAAUGCAUCCGAUGUUAGCUUUCUAAUAAUAAACAGAUAGAUGGAAUGUAGUUCUUAUAUAUUGAAUGUAAAGCAGAAAUUUGACAAAAUGCGUAACUUUAAUUUUUAUAAAAUGAGACAUUUUUCAUGUGACUGAGUAACCUUCACUAUACAGAAGAAUAAAUGAUUCUAAUUUCA